AAGAGAACCACUGCAGCAGAAUCAAAGAUGCGCGCCUUCAUUGUUAUGUGCCUAGUGGCAGUCGCCUGCGCCGAUAAGCUCGGCUACAACUACCAGCCCGUUGGACACUCCAACGCUGGCUUGUCCUUCGCUCCUGGCAGCGGCAGCAAUGCAGGCGGACUCAGCGGCCUUAGCGGACUUGCUGGACUUGGUGGUGCUCUAGACAGCGGUGUGGGCGAUUCAGAUGCUGGCUACAACGGCGGCAGCAUUGGCGGCGGACACAUUGGCGGCGGCAGCAUUGGCGGUCUGGGCAAUCUUGGUGGACUCAACGGUGGCGUCUCUGGUGCUCCUCUGGAAGCUCCAGUCUCCUACAACGCUCCUGCCCCUGCUGCUGAGUUGGAAAAGGAAUUCUUCAGCUUCACCGCCAACGAGGAAGACUUCAAUGAGCCACAAUCUCUGGAGCGCGUGCAAAACUCUCUGAACAAGGCUCUGCGUGUUGUGUUCAUCAAGGGACCCGAGAACCGUGGCCUGGAGAACGCUGCUCUAGCCAAGCAGGCUGCCCAACAGGAAACUGCCAUCUAUGUGCUCAACAAGCAGACUGACCUCGGUGAGCUCGCCCAGAAAUUCAACGCAGUGCGCAACAAUGUCAACAACAAGCCGACGGUGCACUUCGUCAAGUAUCGCACUCCCGAGGAUGCUGCCAACGCUCAGCGCGCCAUCCAAGGUCAAUACGAUCAGUUGGGCGGCCGUAGCCAGGCUCAUGAGGGUGGUGUUGCUCCCGCUCUGAACUUCGCCUCUCAAGAGCCAGUGCGUCAGGCUACUGCUCAGCAGCCCGACAACUCCUACCUGCCCACCUCAAUCUUCCGUCGUAUCUAG